AAGUAAAAUAACAUAAAUGAUUUUUUUGAAAAAAAUGUUGUGAAAAAGGUUUGUUACUAAAGAUUGAUUCGCUAACUCGAAAUCUCACCCCUUAAGGGGAUACAGGACUCUUUCGGUGUGUGUGUGUGUGUGUGUAUGUUUAACAAAAAGCCCAACACUUCGGCAAUUGACACACGGAAAUUUGACGUUUGAUUGCUUCCUGCUUCUCGUUGCCGAAAUAGAAUGAAAUAACAAAUGGAUCCAGAUUAAUCAGAUUGAGCAGCUCCGGGAAACUGUUAAAACUCAAGGCAGUGGCGGAUAGAUCAUCAUUCUGAAGAUCCCUCUCCCUCUCUCUCUGAAAAACGAAAGUGUCCGGGUGGGAGUGAAGAAUCUCCUCCACAGAAAGCCGCUCUAACAAGUAAGGACUGUCAAGCGUGUAAGGAAAUUCCAGACACCUGCAAUGUUUCCCACUGCCGGACCAGCGUUACCAGAUCUGUUUUGGUAAUAAGGACCGCUACCCGCGAUUGCCUCUGAAAACCGGGUGUUAUUUAGCACGGACUGUAUCUCCAAGCAUGGUAGUCUUCAGUGGAUCUCUGAAAGUGAAGAUCGGAGAGGCUGUGGAUCUGAAACCGACCCGAUGCGCCCUAAGGCAUUCCAUAUCCAGCAAAAGUUACCAGUUACUGGAUCCAUAUGUGAUGGUGAAAGUAGAUAACAGGAGGGUCGGUCAGACUGUUACUAAACAGAAAACCAGCCAGCCCACUUUUAACGAGGACUUCAGCACCCAGAUCUGGAGAAGCAGUGAAAUCGAACUGACCGUUUUCCACGACACCCCUAUCGGGUACGAUGACUUCGUGGCUAAUUGCACCUUGCAAUUCGAGGAAUUACUGAAAAAUGGCACAAAAACCUUUGAAGGCUGGGUUGAUUUGGAGCCUGAGGGUAAGCUUUACAUCCUGAUAGACAUGAAGGAAGUGACUUCUGAAGAUCCCGAAGAACAAGUGAAAAGCAAUUCAAAUGAAAGAGCGUUCAAGGAGCGCAUAUUUUCUAGGAAACGCCAAGGUGCGAUGCGGCGAAAGAUUCACCAAGUCAACAAUCAUAAGUUCAUGGCCACAUAUCUGCGACAGCCCACGUACUGCUCCCAUUGCAGGGAAUUCAUAUGGGGAAUUUUUGGAAAGCAGGGAUACCAGUGUCAAGUGUGUACGUGUGUGGUCCACAAACGCUGUCACCAGUUAAUUGUCACAGCAUGUCCUAGAAUAAAGAAGGACAAGAAAGAGGAGGUAUGUGAACAAAGAUUCAGCAUCAAUGUACGUCACCAAUUCAGCAUCCACAACUACAAGGUGCCAACUUUCUGUGAUCAUUGUGGCUCUCUUCUCUAUGGGUUGUUGAGGCAAGGAAAGCAGUGUAAAGUUUGCAAAAUGAACAUUCACAUUCGCUGUGAGAACAAUGUUGCCCCGAGCUGCGGAGUAAACUCUGUGGAACUGGCGAGGAAACUGGCAGAGAUGGGACUCAGUGCAGGAGGCAUAUCCACGUUAAAGAGGAGGCAGACGAGGCAAAGUCAUAAGAACCACAAAGAAAACGAGGCCCUGGGUGAUACAGCAGACAGCAGUAACAGUAACAGCCAGCGAGUACAACGCAAACUGGGCAUCGACGAUUUCACCUUCCUCAGUGUUCUAGGGAAAGGCAGCUUUGGGAAGGUGAUGCUGGCUGAGUUAAAAGGCACUGAAGAUGUUUAUGCUGUGAAAAUAUUGAAGAAAGACAUGAUUCUCCAAGAUGACGAUGUGGAGUGUACAAUGACUGAGAAACGGAUCCUGUCACUGGCCAGAAACCACCCGUACCUCACACAGAUCUUCUGUUGCUUCCAAACGACGGAUCGGAUGUUUUUUGUGAUGGAGUAUGUAAACGGGGGAGACUUAAUGUUCCAAAUUCAACAAGUGCGGAAAUUCGAUGAGGUGCGUGCACAGUUCUACGCUGCAGAAAUUACAUCGGCGCUGAUCUUUCUACACAGCAAGAGAGUUAUAUAUAGAGAUUUGAAACUGGAUAAUGUUCUCUUAGAUUCGGAGGGACAUUGCAAACUGGCUGACUUUGGAAUGUGCAAAGAGGGAAUCUAUAAUAAUUACACAACUGGGACCUUCUGUGGUACACCUGACUACAUUGCACCAGAGAUUUUGCAGGAAUUGCAGUAUGGUUCCUCCGUGGACUGGUGGGCACUCGGUGUCCUGUUGUACGAGAUGCUGUGCGGUCAGCCACCGUUUGAAGCUGAGAAUGAAGACGAUCUGUUUGAAUCAAUCCUGAAUGAUGAAGUCCUUUAUCCUGUGUGGCUCAGUGACCGUGCAACCGCCAUCCUGAAAGCAUUCAUGAUAAAAAAUCCUAACAAACGUCUGGGCUGUGUCACAGGACAAGGUGGGGAGCAGGCCAUUCUCAACCAUUCCUUCUUCCAAGGAAUUGAUUGGGAUUUGCUGGAACAGCGAAGAGUCAAGCCGCCUUUCAAACCCAGGAUUAAAACAAGCAGGGAUGUAAAUAACUUUGAUCGAGACUUCACCACAGAGAAGCCUGUGCUGACGCCGAUUGAUGAAACCCUGGUCCGUAUGAUCAAUCAGGAUGAAUUUAAGGGAUUCUCAUUUGUUGCCGAAGAAGUGUGUACUUGAAAUAUGAAUUCCAAUUCAUUAGUGAGAAGACAAUUUCUUAACUCUGACAAGUCCCUGCACCACAAACCCCACCUCAAGCAAGCGGAAUUGUUAUUGCAUCUUGAUGGCACAGGAAGUUUAUUCAGACAUGAUCAUUAUUUAAAGUUGCUGAAAUAGAACUGGCAUGCAAUUUAUAUUGAAUUUUUGUGUUGUGUAACUUUGUGAAACUGCCUUUGUGUUGUUGUCCAUUAUCUUUCCACCAACAUGCUAUCUGAAUGCCAGGACUGUUGUUGCCAUGAAGCAGUCUUUUACAAAUAAGUAUUGUCACAGUAAACCAUUAUUAAAUUAUGCAUCUAUCAUUUGAACUCAGCUGUUAGGCAUUUAAUUAGCUGCAUAUCUAUUAGCAAAAACUGAAAUUUGCUAUGAGCAGGCAAUUCUACACUUCCAUAAACUAUAAUUGACUCUUUUCAGUAGAAAUCUGUCUUCAGGGACCCACUUAUUUGUUUAUGGCGGGAUGGAAUAGCCUGCAUGUUGUUUGACCUUGUACUUUGCUGACUGCUUGAAGAAGCCUUCUUAACGUUUUGAUGCACUAUGGAGAAACAUGUGGAAUAGAGAGUGUGCACUGUCUUGUGUAUAUAAGUUAUAGCUGUUGGCAAAUAAAUGUUAAGAAAAUGCUUAUUUUGUAUUUUUAAAAACCCUCAAAGAUUAAAAUCAACCAGUUUUUGGAGUUGCACGAUACAUGAAAUGAUGUGGCAUGAGCAACAAUGAAUUGAUUAUGGGUAGAUUUUUGUAAACUUGUGCAUGGGGGCAGGUACAAAGGAGAUUUCCUGCGUGUGCUGAUUAUCCAGUACCAUCAAUGACUUAUUGCUGUUGUCCUGUUCAAUUGUACAGUGUUGUGUCUCAUUAAAAUUGACCAGUUUUUUUUUUAAA